AUGACAGGAACAAAAAAGAAAAGAAGUGCAGUCUGGAGGAAGAUCCAGGCUGUUCGCUUUGAAGAUAUCAAAGUCUGGUGUAUGAGAAGGCUGCCCAUCUUGAAAUGGGUGCCUGUCUACAACUGGAAGGAAAAUUUGAUUCCAGACACGGUUUCUGGGAUGAUGCUAGCCAUCCAACAGGUGACUCAAGGACUGGCCUUUGCUGUUCUGUCUUCGGUCCAUCCAGUUUUUGGUUUAUAUGGCUCUUUCUUCCCUGUCAUUAUUUAUGCCAUAUUUGGAAUGGGACGUCAUGUUGCGACAGGAACUUUUGCUUUAACCUCCUUAAUAUCUGCCAACGCAGUUGAGCGUCUUGUUCCUUCAGUCAACACUAAUUUCACUACAAAUAAUAAUUCAGGAGUUUUGGGCCUAUCGGAGUUUGAAAUGCAGAGGAUUGGAGUUGCAGCAGCAGUUUCAUUUCUAGGAGGAAUCAUUCAGGUAGCGAUGUUUACGCUGCAGUUGGGCAGUGCCACUUUCUUGUUAACGGAACCAGUGAUAAGUGCAAUGACAACAGGAGCAGCUACACAUGUUGUGACUUCACAAGUGAAGUAUCUGCUGGGAAUGAAAAUGCCGUAUAUAUCGGGACCACUCGGAUUUUUUCAUAUUUAUGCCUACAUAUUUGAGAAUAUCAGAUCAGUUCAGCUGGAAGCUUUACUUCUCUCCUUGCUGAGCAUAGCGGUGCUUGUUCUUGUCAAAGAACUGAAUGAGAAAUUUCAGAGAAACAUUAAAGUUGUUCUUCCCAUUGAUCUACUUUUGAUAAUUGCUACAUCCGUUGCUUGCUACUAUGCUGAUAUGGAAUACGUCUACAGGCUAGAAGUUGUGGGACAUAUUCCUGAAGGGUUACCAUCACCGAAAACACCACCCAUGAAUGUCCUGCCUGAAGUAGUCACUGAAGCUUUUGGAGUAGCACUGGUUGGUUAUGUAGCAUCACUAGCUCUAGCCCAAGGCUCUGCUAAAAAGUUUAAGUACACUGUGGAUGACAACCAGGAAUUUUUGGCUCAUGGCCUCAGCAACGUGAUUCCUUCAUUUUUCUUUUGCAUACCAAGCGCUGCAGCAAUGGGACGGACGGCACUUUUAUACAGUACAGGAGCCAAAACACAGGUGGCUUGCCUUAUCUCUUGUGUAUUAAUUCUUGUGGUGAUCUAUGCAAUUGGACCUAUGCUGUACUGGCUGCCUAUGUGCGUGCUAGCAAGCAUUAUUGUUGUGGGCUUGAAGGGAAUGCUAAUGCAGUUCCGUGACUUAAAAAAAUACUGGAAUGUGGAUAAAAUUGACUGGAGCAUAUGGGUUAGUACCUAUGUGUUUACAAUAUGCUUUGCUGCUAACGUGGGACUGUUGUACGGCGUUGUCUGCACUAUAGUAAUUGUGAUUUUCCGCUUUCCCAGAGCAAAGACACUGAAUUUGAAAAAUGUGAAAGAAGUGGAAUAUAAAUACAAAACAGAACAUAAUUGUGAAUCAUUAAAACAGGUAAAGAUAGUUUCAGUCAACAACCCGUUAGUCUUUCUGAAUGCCAGAAAAUUUCAUGCUGACCUGAUAAAGAUAAUCCAAAAGGAUAGCACAAGCAGCCAGGCAUGUGAAGAUGUAAACAAGUGUGAGCAGAACACAUUGCUCUGUUCAUUUUCCAAUGGAAGUUGUCAUGGUGAGUCGUUGCAGUCAUGUCACAGUGAGCGACGUGUUUUGAUAUUAGACUGCAGUGGACUGAAUUUCUUUGACUACACUGGAGUCUCAGUGCUGCUUCAGAUUUACAUGGACUGUAAAAACAGACACAUUGAUGUGUUGCUAGCACACUGCAAAGCUUCCUUGAUAAAAGCAAUGCAGUACGGUGGAAAUCUUGAAUCUGAAAACCCUGUCUUCUUUGAAUCUAUUUCUUCAGCAAUUGAUGCCAUUCAAAUUCACAGGAAUUACAGCAAGCUCAGUGAACAGAGUGAAGUGUGA